AUGGCUGAGGACGGCGAGGUCAGCGCCAUCGUGUGCGACAAUGGCUCCGGCAUGGUGAAGGCCGGCUUUGCGGGCGAUGAUGCGCCGCGGGCCGUCUUCCCCUCGAUCGUGGGCCGCCCCAGGCACCAGGGCGUGAUGGUGGGCAUGGGCCAGAAGGACGCUUAUGUGGGCGACGAGGCGCAGUCCAAGCGCGGCAUCCUCACCCUCAAGUAUCCCAUUGAGCACGGCAUCGUGACCAACUGGGACGACAUGGAGAAGAUCUGGCACCACACUUUCUACAACGAGCUGCGGGUGGCCCCGGAGGAGCACCCGGUGCUGCUGACGGAGGCGCCGCUCAACCCCAAGGCCAACAGGGAGAAGAUGACCCAGAUCAUGUUUGAGACUUUCAACGUGCCCGCCAUGUAUGUGGCCAUCCAGGCGGUACUGUCGCUGUACGCCUCAGGCCGCACCACCGGCAUCGUGCUGGACAGCGGCGACGGCGUGUCGCACACGGUGCCCAUCUACGAGGGCUACGCGCUGCCGCACGCCAUCCAGCGCCUGGACCUGGCGGGGCGCGACCUGACUGACUUCAUGAUGAAGAUCCUGACCGAGCGCGGCUACUCCUUCACCACCACCGCGGAGCGCGAAAUCGUGCGGGACAUCAAGGAGAAGCUGGGGUAUGUGGCGCUGGACUACGAGCAGGAGCUGCAGACCUCCCUCUCCUCCUCCACGCUGGAGAAGACGUUUGAGCUGCCAGACGGGCAGGUCAUCACCAUUGGCAGCGAGCGGUUCCGGUGCCCCGAGGUGCUGUUCCAGCCGUCCAUGAUGGGUCUGGAGAGCGCGGGCAUCCACGAGACCACCUUCAACUCCAUCAUGAAGUGCGACGUGGACAUCCGCAAGGACCUCUACUCCAACAUCGUGCUGUCGGGCGGCACCACCAUGUUCCCGGGCAUCGCCGACCGCAUGUCCAAGGAGAUCACCAGCCUGGCGCCCUCCUCCAUGAAGAUCAAGGUGGUGGCGCCCCCCGAGCGCAAGUACAGCGUGUGGAUCGGCGGCUCCAUCCUCUCCUCCCUCUCCACCUUCCAGCAGAUGUGGAUCGCCAAGAGCGAGUACGACGAGUCCGGCCCCUCCAUCGUGCACAGGAGUGAGUGUGUGUUGGGGGGGGGUGUCUGCUGGUGA